GGUGAAUAAUCCUAUGGCCGCUUUGUCAACGAGCUCUCGCCCUUCCCUUCUAAACCUUCCCAAGUUAUCUUCUUCCGAACGAUCUAAUUUCCAUCCAAAACAACUGAAUUUAACAUCAUGGCCCUCAAAAUUAAAUUCAUAUAAUCCAUUAGCUUUGAGGGGAAUCUCAAACUCAACGUGUACACAAUGUAACGUGUUCAGCGAAGAAUUGAAUGGGAGCGAAGUGGAAGAGAAGGGUUUCAGCUCAACAGAGGAUAGGCAAUUCGUACGUUGGUUUCGUGAGACGUGGCCUUACCUGUGGGCGCAUCGUGGUGCCACCUUUGUUGUCAUCGUUUCCGGUGAAAUUGUCGCUAGCCCUUUCUUGGAUCCCAUUCUCAAGGAUAUAGCAUUCCUUCAUCACCUGGGAAUCCGGUUUGUUGUUGUUCCGGGGACCCAUGUGCAAAUUGACAAUCUUUUGCGUGAGAGAGGGAGCCAGCCUAAGUAUGUUGGUCCAUAUAGAAUAACUGAUGAUGAAUCUCUAGCAGCUGCAAUGGAAGCAGCUGGGAGAAUAAGAUUGAUGAUUGAGGCAAAGCUUUCUCCUGGACCUUCUAUGUGCAAUAUUCGUCGACAUGGUGACAAUAACCGGUUGCACGAAGUUGGUGUCAGUGUUGCUAGUGGGAACUUUCUUGCAGCCAAGAGAAGAGGGGUUGUCAAAGGAAUUGAUUAUGGGUCAACUGGGGAAGUUAAAAAAGUAGAUGUUUCUCGCAUGCGUGAGAGGCUUGAUGGUGAUUGUAUAGUUAUUUUAAGCAACUUGGGCUACUCCAGCUCUGGAGAAGUAUUAAAUUGCAACACCUAUGAAGUUGCAACAGCUUGUGCCUUGGCUAUAGGAGCAGACAAACUUAUAUGCAUUAUAGAUGGUCCAAUACUUGAUGAAAAUGGACACCUUAUUCGAUUCUUGCCUCUUCAAGAAGCAGACAUGCUGAUUCGAAAACGGGUUGAGCAAAGUGAAACAGCUGCUAACUAUGUGAAAGCUGUUAAUGAAGAAAAUUUCAACUCUCUUGGGUACAACAAUUUUAAUGGGGUAGUUUGUUCUCCACAGAAUAGAAAACCAUUUUCAGAAUAUCAUAAUGCAACCUUUCAUAAUGGUGUUGGUUUUGACAAUGGGAAUGGUCUAUGGUCUGGGGAGCAAGGUUUUGCUAUUGGAGGUCAGGAGUGGUUAAGUCGAAUGAAUGGUUACCUGUCAGAACUGGCUGCUGCUGCCUUUGUUUGCAGAGGUGGUGUUCAAAGAGUUCAUUUGUUGGAUGGCACUAUUAGUGGAGUUCUAUUGUUGGAAUUGUUUAAGAGAGAUGGGAUGGGAACAAUGGUGGCUAGUGACCUUUAUGAAGGCACCCGGAUGGCUCAAGAAAAAGAUAUUUCUGGAAUAAAACAACUUAUCCAGCCUUUGCAGGACUCUGGCAUAUUGGUUAAGCGGACUGAUGAAGAGCUGCUUCAAUCGUUAGGCUCCUUCAUUGUUGUGGAAAGAGAAGGUCAAAUAAUUGCUUGUGCUGCACUUUUUCCUUUCUUUGAGGAGAAGUGUGGAGAGGUUGCUGCAAUUGCAGUAUCUCCUGAUUGUCGAGGCCAAGGACAAGGAGACAAAUUACUUGAUUAUAUCGAGAAGAAGGCAUCAUCUCUUGGAUUUGAUAUGCUUUUCUUGCUUACAACUCGUACAGCAGAUUGGUUUGUGAGGCGUGGAUUUUCAGAAUGCUCAAUUGAUUCUAUACCUGAGAAGAAGAGGAUAACGAUUAAUCUGUCCCGCAAGUCUAAGUAUUACAUAAAGAAGCUUCUACCUAAUAAGAGUGGAAUUACUGUUGGCAGGAAAAACACUCCCUGUUAGCGCAUUUUUGUUUUCCAACGGGGAAAGGGUGGUUGGAUCAAGAUGUUUGCACUUCCUUAGACCGUAGGUAAUAAUCCCAUAAUCAUAUGGUUGCUGGAGAAUCAGAAGCUUUAGCAAGUUUCCUCCGCAUUUAUUAGUAUUUAAUUUCCAGAUUUCAGGUUAUUUUUUUUCUCCUCACCCCCAAAUUAACUAAAGAAUAUUGAUCUACUAGUUGUCAUGUCAUAUAUAUAUGGAUUGAUGGUUAUUCU